UAAUUUUCAAAACCAAAAUUAAUUUCACUUCUGAGAAUAAUGAUUCUUACAUUAUGCAUGGAACGAAGAGGGGAGAGAAAGAGAAGAUAUUUUAAAGGGAACGGAAGGAAGCUGAACACUGUCCAUGGUAAUGAAAAGGGAAGGGAAAUGGAAGACUCGUUCAGGUGAAUUAUGGAGGGUUAGAUGGUGCAAUCAAGUUAGCCCAGAUGUAGAGCACCGUCCACUUCUCCAGCUGAAGAUCUUGGCUGCUUGGCCUUGGGGAUCUCUAACUGACGCAGCCUCUGAGCUAUUGGACACAACAUUGGUUGAACUUGCUACGUACACCAAGCAAGAAUCUACGAAUUAUUGACUCUGCAGUGAGAUAGCAAUGGCUGGUAUAAAUUUGAUUUGGCUGUAAACUCCCCUAUAAACAGCUAAGUAAAUUUCUAUUCACAAAUGAUUUCUAAACAUAGAUGGAAAUUUCUCAAGAUGCAGAAUUGCUAGCACUUUCCAUGUUGGCAGUAGCUAUGACAUGAAGCACCAAAUAGUAAAACUAGUAGCUAAUGGUUUUUACAAAGAAGCCAUUUCUUUACACUCUCGACUCCACUCUGCUUCCAUACAUCCUCACCAAUUCACAUUCCCUGCUCUCCUCAAGGCAUGCGCCAAACUCAACUCCCUUCUCCAGGCCCAAAUCAUCCACACGCAUCUCAUCAAAACUGGCUUCAACUUGAACAUAUACACAGCCACUGCCCUCACCAGCAUGUACAUGCAGCUUGCUCUUUUACCUGAUGCUAUGAAGGUGUUCGACGAAAUGCCUGACAGAAACCAGGCCUCUUUCAACGCCACUAUUUCUGGGUUUUCUCAAAAGGGCUGUUGUAUGGAAGCUCUGAUAGUGUUUAAAGAGAUGGCUUUCUGUGGGUUUAGGCCUAAUUCAGUUACCAUAGCUAGUGUGUUGCCUGCUUGUGAUAGUGUUGACCUUUCUGUGCAAAUGCAUUGCUGCGCUAUCAAGUUGGGCGUGGAAAUGGAUGUGUAUGUUGCUACAUCAUUGGUGACUACUUAUUCUGGCUGUGGACAUCUAACUUUGGCUACAAAAGUGUUUGGAGAGAUGCCUAAUAGGACUGUGGUGAGUUAUAAUGCUUUUGUCUCGGGGCUUUUGCAUAAUGGAGUGACAAAUGUAGUACUGAAGGUGUUUAAGGAUAUGAGAGAAUAUUCAACGUUAAAACCCAAUUCACUUACAUUGGUUUCUGUUAUUGCUGCUUGUUCUACUCUUUUGUAUAUUCAGUUUGGAAUGCAGGUUCAUGGGUUUUUAAAGAAGACACAGAUGGGCUGUGACACUAUGGUGGGAACUUCACUUGUAGAUAUGUAUUCUAAGUGCGGUUAUUGGAAAUGGGCGUACAAUGUAUUUAACGAAAUGAAUGAUAAUAAGAACUUGAUAACAUGGAAUUCAAUGAUCGCUGGUAUGAUGCUGAAUGCUCAGAGUCAGAAUGCUAUUGAGUUAUUUGAACUUUUAGAAUCUCAAGGACUUGAACCUGAUUCAGCAACAUGGAACUCAAUGAUUAGCGGGUUUGAACAGUUAGACAAGGGGGUUGAAGCGUUUAAAUUUUUCAAGAAAAUGCAAUUGUCUGGUAUGGUCCCAAGUUUGAAGUCCGUUACAAGUUUAUUAGCAGCUUGUGCAUCUUUGACUGCUUUGCAAUGUGGCAAAGAGAUUCAUGGGCAUGUUGUUAGAACUAAUAUGAAUUUUGAUGAAUUUAUGGCUACUGGACUAAUUGAUAUGUACAUGAAGUGCGGGUGUUCUCUCUGGGGACAAAGAGUUUUCGAUCAGUUUGAAAUAAAACCAAAAGACCCAGCAAUUUGGAAUGCACUGAUAUCUGGGUAUGCAAGAAAUGGAGAGAAUGAAUCUGUUUUCGAGGUGUUUGACCAGAUGCUAGAGGAGAAGGUGGAACCAAAUUUGACAACUUUUACUGGGGUUUUAACUGUUUGUGGUCACACUGGUAAGGUUGACGAAGGGUGGGAAGUUUUCAGGAUGAUAGCCACGGAUUAUGGAUUGAAACCGAAGGCAAAGCAUUUCAGUUGCAUGGUAGACCUGUUGGGUCGGUCUGGGAGGCUGGAUGAAGCUAGAAAACUAAUAGAAGACAUGUCAGAGCCACCUGCUUCUGUUUUUGCAUCUCUCCUUGGUGCUUGUAUGCAUCACUUGCACUCUGAGCUGGGAGAAGAAAUGGCUAUCAAGCUCUCAGAACUAGAACCAGAGGACCCAUCUCCUUUCGUGAUCCUCUCAAAUAUAUAUGCUGGACUGGGAAGAUGGGAAGAUGCAGAAGAAGUUAGACAAAUGAUAAACGAUAGAGGAUUAAGAAAACUCCCAGGAUAUUGUUCAGUUGGAGUUGCAUAAGAAAGAAAAUUAUUGAUAAAACGACUUGAAAUCCAGUCUUUUUACUAAUCUCUGACCAGGUCUUGUUACAAUUCUGCAUCUCCUGCGGUUAUUAUGGAUGUUUACAGCAGAGAAGUUAUUUUCCAAUACUUCUUUUGCGGAAAACCAAGAGUAGUUAUUAGAUGGUUAAGGACUGAUAAAUGAAACAAGAAACUGCAUAUCCGAGUCUAAUCACAGUAGCUAGCCACCACAUGAAUCAAGUUCAAAUCUUGUAUUGUGACUCGACUCAAUUUAAAAUUCAUCUGUAUCAUCAUCACAUGAUUAUACUGAUUCAGUCAGUUGAUCAAUUCUAGGCCUCGUAAAGGAAGGAUCUCAAGAGAGGGAUCGGAUAGAAGAUACGGGCUGAGAAGGGGGAGUUAGCAAAGUUAGACAAGAUUGGAAUGGGCAUGGGAACGUGUAUUGAUGUACCAGAUCGGCUAAUGCUCCCAGGUUGAUGCGAUGUAUUCCACCAGUUGACUGAAGACUUGUGUGGACUGGUAAAAAUCAAUCAAUCUUGUUUUUUUAAUUUAUUAAAGCUACUCUUCUUACA